GUCCUUUUAAAGCUCCGGCCUUUAAAAGCAGCAUGUGUCAUCUCGACUUGGUUCUCCAAAUAUCACUCCUGUAGGAAAUACACGCACCGAGAAGGGACGUCGGAGCGCACAAUUUCGAAACAUCUCCAAACAACUUCAAGGCAAGACUCGCCGCUUUCAGGGGCCUUUGCUCACUUACCGAGUGGAGAAAUAUUUGUAGAAGUUGAAGUUUUCUCUUUGGCUUGACUGGCUCGCUGCCGGUUCAACCAUAUUUAGAUUUUUUGGAGACAUCCGAUCUCUUGACAGGGGCGACCAGAAAGUCCAGCAGACCCGCCGUGUGUGCGCACUGACCGCGCUUGGUCCCACCUACUCAUCACACCCGGCUGCUCGGUUGUUUUGGCUCCGGCAGACUUUUUUAGAAAAAAGUGUUAGUACGCCGUGAGAUGACCCUGUCUGGAGGCAGCGAAAGAGCCAGCGACAUGUCCGGCCAAACUGUGCUCACAGCGGAGGACGUGGAUAUCGACGUGGUAGGCGAGGGAGACGAGGAGGGCAUGGAGAGGGUGGACAGCGACUGCGACAGCCCCGGGGGAGGCAUCCUGCACGACCUCCGAGGAGAAGCAGGCGACGAGGAGCUGGAAGAUGAGAUCGAGGUGGAGAAGGAGGAGAUCGGGUCCGGUGGAGGGAGCCCGUGCUGCGAGAGCUCCGGGGAGGGAGAGACUGGCACCGGAAAGGGAGAGGGUCAAGACCAGAGCGCAGCGGCGGGAGGUGCGAUCCAGAAGCCCAAAAACAGCCUGGUAAAGCCGCCUUACUCCUACAUCGCCCUCAUCACCAUGUCCAUCCUCCAGAGCCCGCAGAAAAAGCUCACCCUCAGCGGGAUCUGUGAGUUCAUCAGCAACCGCUUCCCCUAUUACCGAGAGAAGUUCCCGGCGUGGCAAAACUCCAUUCGCCACAACUUGUCCCUGAACGACUGCUUCGUGAAAAUCCCCCGGGAACCUGGUAACCCCGGCAAGGGCAACUACUGGACCCUAGAUCCCGCUUCGGAGGACAUGUUCGACAACGGCAGCUUCCUCAGGAGGAGGAAAAGGUUCAAGAGAGUUCAGCCGGACAUGCUCAGGGACCAGACUGCGCUCAUGAUGCAAAGUUUCGGUGCGUACAGCCUUGGGGGGCCCUACGGGAGGCACUACGGGAUCCACCCGGCUGCUUAUUCCCAUCCGGCGGCUUUGCAGUACCCAUACAUCCCCCCUGUAGGUCACAUGCUGCCCCCGGGUGUCCCCCUCCUGUCCUCGGCGGAGCUGAACAGAAAGGCGUUCAACUCCCAGCUCAGCCCGAGCCUUCAACUUCAGCUCAACAGCCUGAGCACGGCGUCCAUGAUCAAAUCAGAGCCUUCAAACAGACCGUCUUUCAGUAUAGAGAACAUCAUCGGGGUGUCCAGCGCCUCCUCGUCCUCACCUCAGGCUUUCCUGCGGCCUCCGGUGACCGUUCAGUCGGCCCUGCUGAGCGCACAGUCCCUUUCUCUGACCCGGACCUCUGCCGCUAUCGCUCCCAUCCUCAGCGUACCGUCAAAUAUUAUUUCUGGACACGUUUUACCUUCAGCGACGGCGGCGGCAGUGUCCAAAUGGCCUUCGCAGUGACUGCAAAUCAUAAGAAAAUAAACUCUUAUUUUUAUAUAUAGAGACAUUAUUACUGGCGGAAGUGUGAACAGCACAAAUCAAUAAGAAACACUGGACUCUGUAGCCAUGUAAAGACUGUUGAAACACACAGAGCAAAAAGAAAAAGGAGAUAUUUCUGUACAGGUAAUAUUUGUAAAUAUUUGUAAAAAAAAAAAAAAAAAGAAUGAUUUUACCUGUUUGACUUUUACCUGUCUUAUUUCUGUUGUUCCUGUUUGAGAUCUGUGAUAAUUAUUUUACAUUUUCUUUUUGUAUCGGAAGCUCAACUGGACACAAUUUCUUGCUUCCUUUUCAUACGAGACACAAAAAAGCUCUGAAAAAAUAGUCUGUUUAUAAUUAAAAAAAAAGAUCAAAUAUAUGUAAUUCUAUGUAGCUAUAUUGUGUUGUAAACUGAAUUUAUUUGUAAAUAAAUCUAAGAAAGAAUUAA